GAAGCAUCCUGGCUUCUGCACCGGUUUUGUCCAUUUCUUGCGUUUAUUGCACUUUGCUUGCUGUACUCAUCUGGAGAUCUCCACCUGGAAGCAUCCUCUCUCCUUCCACCCCUUCUCUCCUUCCACCCCUUUAUAAGUUCUUCUCCUUCACUUCACUCUCUCCCCACUCACCCACUCACACACCAAAACCAAACCAAAACCAAAACCAAAACCAAGACCAACUCUGUUUAAAAAAGGGAUCACUACCCAUUAUUUCUCUUGAGGCAUUGCUGGGAACCCUUGUCUUUGUUCUCGUGUCUGCACCACUCACUCGCAGUAAUUCUUUGCUUUUUCUUGAUAAUUUUGUUGGCAUUGCGCGUCCAAGCACUAGUUCCUGCCUGGUCAUUACUGACAAGAAUGCAGAAGCAGAAGAUGUUGCUCAAGGACUUCCUUAGAGAAGAUUCAUGGUCUUAUUCUUCAAAUAUUGAAGCAACAACACUUGUCAAAAGCAGAUCAAGAAGAAUCGCAGCCUUAGAGACCAUGGUCAAUGCAUUCAAGAACAUCCCUUUCAGUAGUUCGAUGAAUAAGCCCUACUCAAUGAUCUUCCUAAGAAGCCUCUCAAGAAAGCUGUCAACGCAAAGAUUACCCAAGAAAAGCAGAAAAGGCGAUGGUCCUGAUCAUGGUCAUGCAGGUGGUGGUGAGCAGGCCAAAAUGACCGUCAGGAUCAAGGACAUCAUACGGUGGAGAUCCUUCCGGGACUUGGCCGAAGAGCAAUCUUGGCGGUCGGAUUUCCAUUCCUCGCCGCCACAUCAAUGCUCUUCUGCGGCAACAAUUACAACCACAGGGUCAAGCAGUAGUACUGAGUGCAACAGUAAUGGCUCAAGUUGGUGUGAAAGUGAUUUCACGCUGGAGUUUUCACCGCCCUGGAAUGGCAAUUUUCAGGAAUACAGUGAACCUUGUGUUGGUAAAUACACAGUGGAGGCUUUACCAGGACCACCAACAAGAAGCUUCUGCGAUAUUGAACCCAAGGGAGUCUCAUUCUAUGAGGAGAAAGAACAACACGGUCCUGUUUCUGUAAUUGAUGCUGAAUUUGGAGAAGAUGAAGGCUUUUGUUGGUCUCGAGAUCAAAGCCAAGGCAAUAUUUCGACAGGGGAUGCCCAAUUCCUUCUGCGACAACCUUGGCAGUUCAAAAGUGUUGCCUAUUCGCAAAGUUCCACGUCAAUGGAGGAUAUGGAUGAAAGAUCUGAUGAUGAAGAGAAUGAUGAGUUCAGAGAAGAACAGGGAGACUCAAAUGAACCUGCUGAACAAACAGCAACGAUGAUGCUAAACCAAGUCAAAGCUUCAAGUUCUGGUCUUAGCAUGAAGACCAAUGUGGAUAAGUUAUUGUUGGACUACUUCAAAAGUGAACUAGCCACACUAGGAUGCAACACUAUAAGCGAUGACUCUGAGCUUGUGAUGGUGAGCACCGCAAAAAGUUGGAUGAAUAACGAGCCCGGUGCAAAGUGCCAAUGGGGAAUCAAUAGCAAGAAAGAUGCUUAUAUGAAAGAAAUGGACAGAGGAGAGAAGUGGAGAAAGUUUGAAGAGGAAAAAGAGGAGAUAGCUAUGGACUUUGAGGCUAAGAUUAUGGGUAUUUUGAUGGAUGAGCUUCUAUCUGAUUUCAUAUUGAACUGACCAGAGAGAAAAAUCUUGUUAGAUAAAGGGAAAGCAAUGUAAGGAUGUAGCAGAAAGAUGUAAUGCAUAGCUCAUGCUAAAAAAGUUGUCCCUGCUAUUCUGUAUGUCUAGAAGAGGAACAUAACUUCUGUAGCAAUCUAGAGAAUUAUGUAAAAAUCAAACCUGUAGGCAUUCUUUUUAUUGGUAUCAUGAUUAGAAGAAAUGACCAUCUUUUGUCUUAAAA